GCAGAAUUGAGCCUAGAGCCAAUAAUGAAUUUAUGAAUUGACAAUGACAACUGCAGCCUACCAAAGAAAACGAAGUAAUUAGCUAACUUCGCUGUUUUACAUUUAAAACAAAAAUAUAUAUAGCAAAUGACUGACAAUUUGAAGAGGCGUAAUGCAAUAACUAACCACUACUAUGCCUGUACAUAUCGUUACAUAAUAUAAAAUAUAGAUAAAAUGUAAAGUAGUUGUUUUGUUUGGGCAAAUUGAAGAUUUUUCAAAGCGUUCCCGUUUAAAGUUCAAAUUAAGUGAAAUUAUUUUGUAGCGAACUUUGAGUAACAUGCAAAGCGACGGCACAGUUUCAAAUAGAGAGUCAGCCAUUUUCAGUGUUUGCUUGAACCACCUGAGUGAUGCAUCAGCUGCCUGUGAUCCUGGAGGACAGCAGGCUGUCAGCCUCAGCUGCUCACACUCUCUUAUCACUCAGCGGACGGUCAUGAAGAUAACCUGACGUGUCUUUUAGUGCCAAGGCCUGUUAUUGUGGGGAGGAUUUUGACUGGAAGUCUCCACGUGAAGAGUCAUGACAGAUUUGUGGUUGAUUUCUGUCCCGCUGGACAAGAAAAGUUUAACCAGUGUAGAGAAACUCAAGCGCACCAUUGCCAAAACCAGCCUGGCCACCUGCUGCAGGUUCUCCAUUCCAGAUCUCAAGGUGGGAAUACUGGACAGUCUGCUCAUCGUCUCAGAUGAUCUCUCCAAGCUCGACACACUGACAGAAAGUGUGAUCAAAAAAACAUAUCAGUGUAUGAGGGAGGUGAUGGAGCAGUCCAGUGACAAAGUGCUGGAAAAUGCCCUAGCCAAUGGAGUGGACCUGAUGAGCUUCGUAACCAAGUUUCAGUGGGACAAAGCCAAGUACCCCACAGCCAUGCCUCUUACCAAUCUGGCAGACAUCAUUAACAAGGAAGUUUCUCAGAUUGAGACGGAGUUAAAGUCCAGGGCAGUGGCGUACAACAGUGUGAAAACAAGCUUGCAAAGCCUUGAACACAAACGAGAUGGGACUUGCAGUUUGAUUAACACUGUGAAGAAGGAGGACCUGGUGUUCUCAGAGUAUCUCACCACUCUGCUGGUACUAGUGACCAGAGCGAGCUACUUGCAAUGGGAGAGGACCUAUGAAUCUAUGUCAGAGUUUGUGGUUCCAAGAUCCAGCAGGAAGCUGGACGAGGACGAAAAGGGAGGCAUUUUCUCGGUGACACUCUUCAAAAGAGCUGUUUGUGAAUUCAAAGCCAAAGCCCUGGAGAGCAAGUUCGACGUGCGCGAGUACAGCUUUGAUCUUGAGGAGAAGAGGCAGCAAGAGAUUAAGCAUCUUAAUGUUCACAAGAAGGAGCAAUAUGGAAUCUUUGUGCGCUGGCUGAAGCUGAAUUUCAGUGAGGUGUUUGUCGCCUGGAUCCAUUUAAAAGCAUUGAGGGUGUUUGUGGAAUCAGCUCUCAGGUAUGGAUUACCGAUGAACUAUCAGGCUCUGCUGCUACAGACAGACAGGAAGCGUUCAAAGAAACUGAGAGAAGAGCUGUCCUCACUGUUCAUGCAUCUGGACCCCACUGCCACCGACAGCAAGACAGAUAUCAGCAGUGACAUCCCAGGAAUCUGUCAACAGGAGUACUUCUCCUACAUCUGCUUCCAUAUCAAUACCAAUUUGCUGGAGAUCAGCUAGCGGUCAGCAGAGAGAGGACCCACACAGUGACCAAGCAAUGAGGGCCCUGUAAUUUAUAUGGUGGAUGGUUCCAAACUUGUCAGAGUCAGAACUAUAAAGACUCUAAACUCUGGAAUAAAACACAUCUAGUGAUGAAUCUGUCCUUGAA